AUGUAUAGUGCCAGGGCGGUGUCCAUCUCUAAGGGAAUUGACAGUUGGCUUGACAGGUCGUUGCGUCCUGACUCCCGCUCUAAUGACGUCAUUUUCCCGUCGAUGGUCAUGGCUGCUCUGACGUUGCAUUUACGAGCAGCGGCCGUGCCCGCCGAGCGAGGCCCUCCCGCGCCACGAGCGUCGGCGGCACAUGUCGGGGUAGCUGCCAGAGGCUCGGGUGUCGCCGCUCGCGUGACCUGCGACCGCGGCUUCCCGAGAGGCGUUGCUCGGCGCUCCGGGGACGCCGCGAGAUAUUCUUGCGCCUCGGUCUUCUCCGCUCGAGUUACGCGCGCUCGCCUGGCCUCGCUAGGAGUGCACAUCGAGAGCGUCAACUCCCACGGCCAGACGCCGCUCUUCUGCGCCUCCUUCGGCGGCGACAACGAGGUGGUGGCUCUGCUCCUGAAGCUCGGCGCCAACCCCAACCGCCGCUGCGGCACCAACGGCUCCACGCCCGUGCACGGCGCCGCCUACAGGGGUUCCAGGAGGGUCCUCAGGCUGCUCGUGGAGGCCGGGGGGGACCUCUCCCUCGAGGACAACUUGGAGCAGACGCCGAGUUCCGUGGCAAGGGAAUUUGCAUAA